CGAGGAUGUAGCCGCGGCCCGCGCGCACUCAACUCACUCCCCUCCACCUCCAAAAAAAAAACAAAAACAAAAAAAAACACAAGUAAAGGACGUGCUGGCGAACAGAAAGCCGUGCUGAUGAUAUUCAUACGCCAACGCUCGCGCUGUAUAAUCCGUAUUGUGGUUGCUUAAAAGAUCGCGUCGAGGUGUUAACGAUCCUGUUAAAGUAAACACACGCGAUCGGUGAUGCGUCUUCUUCUUCUUCUUCUUCUUCUUCUUCGUCAGCUGCGACUUUCUGAAAAUAAUUUCCGCUCCUCUUGAACGGGUUUCGUCCUCGUCGCGCUGAGAUGAGCUUUUAUUGUUUCUUGGUGAGAACUGAGUCUGUUGGGGUUAAAAGCCCAGACUGGGUUAAUAAAUAAAUAAAUAAAGAACUAAAAUGCCUUGUACCUGCUGCGCGAGUAGAGCAGAGAGACUGUAAACAUGCCCUAUUGCAGCAUGAACAAUGGGCUGAUUGUGAAUGUGAGUAUGUAUUGGAAGCAGGUUGCUGAUGUGAUGUGAUGUGAUGUGAUGCGUGUCGCUUGGAGUUGCGGAUGGCAGACCUCCUGCUGUGGGAUAAAAUAAAGAGAUCCUGCCAUCAGCCAUUUGCAAUGGACCGUAUGAGUGAAGAGGCAUUGCGGCUGAACCUGCUAAAGCGAGGCCUGGAGCCAGCAGAGGAGCGCAGCCGAGCUCACGAUGACGUCCUGCCCAAGAGGCUGAAAAUGGAGGGUCAUGAGGCCAUGGAGAGACUGAAAAUGCUUGCACUGCUCAAACGCAAGGACCUGAGUGGCCUGGAGAGUGGCUCUGGCACACUGGGGGAUCUGCGAGCCUCUGGAGCCAGCAGCCAUGCUGCGUUACAGAGCUACACGGCUUAUGAGGAGAAGCUGAAUGGCAGCCUGAGGACGCCAGCCGUGUCCCACUCUCUUAUGGGCCGCAGCGGGAAAGAGAACAUCAGUGAUGAGCCGGUGGACAUGAGUGCCAAGAGGAGUGUCGUGGAUCGAGAGCGUCACACUCCCUCUCCAGAUGUGAUUGUCUUAUCUGACAAUGAGGCGUCCAGCCCCAAAGGAGCAAGCAGAGAGGAGAAAGUGAAGCCUGUAAACCUGGACAUGUUCAAGGGGAAGAGUGUGGCUGAGCGGCAACGAGUGAUUAAGGCUUUAAGAGAGGAGCUGAGACUUGAGGAGGCUCGUCUGGUUCUGCUAAAGAAGCUCAGACAGUCUCAACUACAGAAGGAGAACCUCGCCCACAAGGUAUCAGUGGUGCAGAGCAGCUCCUCAUCCAUUCAUCCCUCAGCCCACAGCUCUCAGUCUAGCACCAAGCUACCCAUCAGAUCUGCCCACACACACCACAGCGGAGAUGCCCAGAACCUCCGUGCUGCACAGGGUCAGAGUGUGAUCCGGUCUGCAGCCAGUGCCUCCAUUCCCCAGAUGAUGAUGUCACAGCGAGUGGUUGCUCCAAGCCCGGGGCAGCUGCAGGGCCACAGAGUGCCAGGCAAACCAGGCAGCAUGCGCACAUCCACAGCCACCAUCAACAGCACUGUCAACUAUCAGCAGGCCUCUAGUCAGCAGGUGUCCGUCCCCCAGCGUUCCAGCUCCUCCUCCAUCUACAUGAACCUGGCACACAUGCAGGCAGUGGGUGUGGCUGGGAUGACAGGGGGCGUUGGAGUGGCUGGUGUGACAGGUGGAGUAGGUGUUUCUGGAGUGGGCUCUUCCUCAUCUAGCUCUGUGCAAGAUGUGGCCAGCAGUCAGGCUGCAGCCAAACUGGCUCUACGUAAACAGCUGGAGAAAACCCUGCUGGAGAUCCCGCUGCCUAAACCACCUGCGCCUCUGCUCUACUUCCUGCCCUCAGCCGCCAACUCUGAGUUCAUCUACCUGCUGGGCCUGGAGGAGGUGGUGCAGAGCGUCCUUGACAGCCAGGGUAAGCUGUGUGGGACAACUGGUCGUCUGGAGCCCUUUGCUUGCGCUCAGUGUAAAACUGACUUUACCCCUCACUGGAAGCAAGAGAAGGGUGGACGCAUCCUUUGUGAAACAUGCAUGACAUCCAAUCAAAAGAAGGCUCUGAAAGCCGAACACACUAAUAGGCUGAAGAACGCCUUUGUGAAGGCUCUGCAGCAAGAGCAGGAGAUUGAGCAGAGAUUACAGCAACAAGCUGCCCUGUCCACCGGUUCUACAGUGUCUGCAGCUAGUGUGAGCAAAGCUGAGUCCAUGAUGAGGCACCACACCAUCAGACAGGCAUCCUCUGCACAAGUUGCUCAGUCCCAGGUGUCCGUGCAGCGCAGUGUAUCAGCUGCAGGCUCUGGGUCAGCACGAGGUGUUCUAUCCAACUUCGCACAGGCGUCCCAGCUCGCGCUACCUGGCACUAUAAUGGGCAUGACCAGUAAACACUGCUCUACCUCCAGCAGCCGGUCACAGCAUGACAGCCGACAUCAGCUGUACGGCAUUCCUGGAGUCAACAUUGCUUACCUGAGCUCUGGUAAUGUUGGGGGUCACAAGUCAUCUAGUUUAGCAGACAGGCAGCGAGAGUACCUGCUGGACAUGAUUCCUCCUCGCUCCAUAUCCCAGUCCAUUACUGGACAGAAAUAGGCCUUCACUCUCACACUUAACCCCCUAACCCCAAUACAUGCACAAACAACCUACUCAUGACAGCCUCACUCACAUAUGCUCUCUAUGUCUGUCUCUCUCUCUCUUGCUCUCUUGCUCUAGCUCUCUCUCUCUCUCUCUCUCUCUCUCUCAGACGAGCACACAUACACACUCUUUCAAAUAUGCUGCCACGUCUCCCAGUCCCCUGUUGCAUGCAGUGCCUGUUAGUCUGUGCUUACCAGCUACUCUUUCUGUGUAACACAAUCAGUGACUGUAUGUGGUGAAGUUCACCAGUAAAUUGCAGUCACUCUCUGCAAGUAUGCAAUCCCUCCUCAACACUGCUUAACCCCUACAGUCUUCAUCACUCAAAAUGUGUGUGUGGACAUGUUUUGUACAUUAAUGCACUUUCUGGUGAGAAUGUGUUUUUAAUUUCGCUGUUAAUAUUUUGAAUGUGUGCGGGUAUAGUGGCACCAUACAGAGAGAGACAGAAGCUCUUGGUUGGCUGAGAGAUUUGAAUUUAAUGGACAUCUUGUUUUCUUUCCCUCUGAAAGCAACUAUCAGUGUUUUUAAGAAGCUGGGAUUUAAAUGAAGAAGUCUUAUUAUAUCACUAUGUGGAGAGCUUUGGUUUUGGCUACUUUUAGCUGACUGCAAUACUUAUUCCCCAUUACUCCCCAUUUCCUAAAGACUUUUCUGUGAGGGUUUCUUGUGCAAACAGCCUGCAGUGUCUUUUCAGGUCUGUCUUUGUCCAGUUCUUUCCCAGCAAGGAUAAGCCUGUCAGUGAGCUACAUCAUAUUAAGCAUUCAGUCCUGUGAGGUCACAUUUACUAACUCCUUUUCCAUUCACAUACAUGUACAUGCUUUGCAUAAGAUGAUGUGGUGUAUCAUUUAUUUUAUGAUGCUCUCCCUGAAUUAGUCAUUUUUCUCAUCAAAUGGGAAAUGAUCAGAAUGACUUUUAUGACAGUCCGCCUUUGACUUUAAACAUGUAAGGUUAAGUAAAAUUAUAAUUACUUAUAGUGCUAAGUAUUGAAUUUUUAAAGGUGCUGUUUGUCAGAUUUUCCUCUCUUCAUCAUGUAGUUUACUGAGCAGAGGAAUUUCUCAUGCACUGCCCCUUUAAAUGCACAGUGCAAUAUUGGGCAUGAAGUAAAAAAAAAAAAAAUAAUAACAGUUUGUUAAGGCCCUGCGCCAUGAUGGAUAGUACCUUUUCCACAUUUCUCUAUUAAACAUGUAUCUUUGUUUAUUCAUCUUUUGUAAAAUAUGUACAGUAUAGUAUGUUCCCUUUUUUAUUUCAUUAUACCAUGUGCCCCAAGGUACGUUUGUUGUUUUAAAAAAAAAUGUCUUCAUAUCUGUAAAGCUGAUUUUUAAAAAUAUUUCUUAUGAAAUACCUGUAAAAAUUAUUUUAGAAAUUUAAGCCAUUUUUUUCCCUUUUCAUGCCCCCUUUAUCUUACUUUACUUGAAAACUGGUCAAGGUUUUAUGAAUAUUAAGCUUAUAACAAGUAUUACAAAUACUUAUUUGCAUGAGCAGAUGUAUUCUUAAUAAUGUAUUGUAAAUAUGCCUUUAGCUUUUGGGGCUCAAAACAUGAAACAAUGCAUUUGUACAUUGUAUAGGAAAAAAACAAAAGCCAUUGAUAUUGUGAGUGUCAUUUUGUCAUGUGUUCCCUGUGUAGUGCUACACAAAAUGUAUGAAAUUACAAUUUUCUUUUGAUUCAUUCUUAAAUAUGUUUUUGUCCCCUCUGUAUCAGUUGUGCUCUGUGCUUCAUCCAUCUAAGACCUUCUAUUAGAAGAUUUACUUGGCCACAGUAUUUCACUUAUUUGUCUGUGUUAAAUUUUGAAAUUAACACACAACCCUUUGUACGUUAGUGCUAGAUUUGGGAAAGCUCAGACAACUCAGUGAAAUGUUGUUGCCUCCGGCAAUCAGAGAUGUGCUCAGUUCUUUAAUGUUGGUCCUCUGGAAAUGGCCAUUUAUGAUCCCAGGGCUGGAAAAUGCUCUUGCUCUUCACUUUCUUUGCUGUUAUUUGUUGUUAUAAAUGCAACAUGCUGUAUUUGCUAUGGAAUGCUAAGCCGAAUGUGGAAACUGAACAGAAGGAAGAAAAAUGUUUUCUUGCAGGCCAAAUGUUGCUCCAUAUAAUUUCAGUAAAUAAGCUUACAAUAAAAAAAUAAGAAAUUA